AUGGACCCACAACAACCUGUCGAAAACCAUCAAACCGGCCCCUCAAAUCCAACACCCACUCCGACUCGGGCUCCGGCAGCAAGAAAGAAAAGCAGCCAUCCGAAAGUCAACGGAAGAGGUCUGAGAGUCAGGGUACCAGCACUAUGCGCCGCUCGUAUAUUCCAACUGACCCGUGAACUGGGCCACCGGUCGGAUGGUCAGACCAUUGAAUGGCUCCUUCACCAUGUCCAUCCGUCUCACUUUCCCACUUCCACCGUCGCCACACCGGAGAACAGACAAGACACAUCGUCGGAACUUGAUUUGUUUCCAAACAUGUCUUUUACUUCGUUGCUGAUGCAAGGCCAAAACCAAGACCAAGAUUUUGAGGGCCAUGGCUAG